ACUUCCUGUUUCUGUUUCAAUAUGGCUUCUUGGUAUUUAGCUCAAAUUAAGCGUUUGGUGUUAAACGUUAUUUAAUUUACUUAGUAAGUUACAUAACGCAUAUAUGUGGGCUUUCAAUAUAUGAAAAAAAGACGAGAGCAGUGAUCUAAUUUGCGCUAAAGAUGGAGAUACUUGCUGAAGGGACCUCUCACGCUCAGCGUGUGCUGUCCUUGCUCAACCAACAGAGGGGUCUUGGCCACUUUUGUGAUGCCAUGUUGAGCACAGCGAGUGGACAGGUGCAUCUGGCCCAUCGCAAUGUUCUUGCCUGCUUCAGCCACUUAUUCCAAGACCCCAGUUCAAACACGCCAUGUCUAAAGAUCGAGCUGCCAUCAAAGUGCCCUGAUGAUGGACUACAGCUACUGCUGAACUUUUUUUACACUGGUGAACUCCAGUUAGAAGACAGCAAUUUAGAGAAGAUUCAGAAUGCAGCUAGCGGACUAUCAGUGCCGGAUUCUCUCAUGCCUUGCCAGAGUUUGCAAGGUGUAGAGAAUUUACAGUCACCUGUCUCGAGUGACGAUGAUAAAGACAAACUACUGUUCCCUCUCACAUCUGCAGAUGCUCAGCCUGAUCACACCCCGAAAGGAAAGACUAGAUCUUGGCAGAGGAUGAAAAAUAAGCCCGAUGCAUGCAGGGCAGGUUCAGAGGUCACAGUUAGCGAUGAUGACCCUCCUGCCUCGACGGCAACUACCACCACACGUUCUGGAAGGCGUGUAAAAGGGCCCAAUCGACUAGUCGGGGAUAGUCCCAUGUCUACUGUGAUGAGGCAGGGAGCAGGAAGAAGAAAAGCAUCAUCUCUAGAAGACAAAGAGCAGGAGACUUCUGCCACUGAGGACGGAGAUCACCUCGAACAUCAAGACAUGAGUGAGACUGAGGCACUCACUACAUUCAACCAGAAGGUGGAUGGAUCUGUUGAUAACCAGAAUGACAAUGAUGUCGACAAUGACGAUGAUUAUGAUGAUGAUGACAGUUACAGAGGUGACAGUAUGGAUAUUCUUAUUGAGGAAACUGAUGAAGAGUAUGUGCCUCAGGAUUCACCAUGUUCGACCUCAAAGACUCCACGAGGAAAGCGCAAACGCCAUGAAAAACGUACCAAUAAAGAGAAUGGGGAAGGAAAAUCUAAAGACAGAAAGAAAGGCUCCGUCCAGUGUCCAACAUGCCAUAAAACAUUCCUCAGCAAGUACUACCUGAAAGUGCACAACAGGAGACAUACAGGAGAGAAGCCCUUUAAAUGUGCUAAAUGUGAGAAGUGCUACUAUCGGAAGGAAAACCUGCUGGAGCAUGAAGCCAGGAAUUGUCUCAUCAGAGCAGCAGUGGUGUUUUCGUGUACAAAAUGUACCAUGACCUUUAAAAAGCGCCAUGAGCUGCGUCUUCACACGGUCACACACACAGGAGAGAUGCCCAAUAAGUGCACGUCAUGCCCUGAGCAGUUCAUGCAGAAGAAAGACCUCAGGAUCCACUUGAUUAAAGUUCACGGAGCUCCCAAACCACACGCUUGUCCGUUGUGUCCCAAGUGUUUCCUCUCCCGCACUGAACUACACCUACACGAGGCAGCCAAACAUCGUGGUGAGAAACUCUUUGUGUGUGAGGAGUGCGGCCAUCGGGCCUCCAGCCGCAACGGCCUGCAAAUGCACAUCAAAGCCAUUCACAGAAAUGAGCGUCCUUUUGUGUGCGAGAUCUGCAAUCAUGCUUUUACCCAGAAAGCCAAUCUCAACAUGCACCUUCGAACACAUACUGGAGAGAAACCUUUCCAGUGCCACCUCUGCGGCAAGACAUUUCGCACGCAAGCGAGUCUGGACAAACACCAUCGCACGCAUACAGGAGAACGGCCAUACAGUUGUGAGUUUUGUGAGCAGCGCUUCACUGAGAAAGGCCCUCUCUUACGCCACAUAGCCAGCAAACACCAAGAAGGCCGACCACACUUUUGCCACCUCUGCAGCAAAACCUUUAAAGCUAUUGAGCAGCUCCGUGUUCAUGUACGACGUCACAAAGGCAUGAGAAAAUUUGAGUGUUCUGCAUGCGGUUACAAGUUCACCAGACAGGCACAUUUGCGACGACACUCGCAGAUCCACAACCGUGUGGAGAACUACAGCCCCAGACAGAGACGCUUGCGUAACCUGGUAGUGGAGGACGAGAGCGCAGCUGCUUCAUCUAGUCCUCCCAGCCAGGCAGAGGCUCAGCCUGGAUCAGCAGACAUGGUUAACCUAGUUAUCCAGCCAGAGGUGGCUGUGGUGGAACAGGUCGUCUCCGCAGGAGAGCAGGCCACAUAUUCAGUGACUGAAGGAGCAGUGAGCGCUGAACAGACUGGAAGGACUGAUGGGGGAGAGGAGCAGACUCCAUUCACUGUAUCAGAUGUGAUGGAACAGACCCUGCUGGUGACCGAUGCAUACCCCAUCCAUCAGUCCAGUGUUGUGGGGGAACUGCCCAGCUCUGCAGCCGAUGGGAAUGUCUAAAUGAAGGAACUCUAUAGCAACAAAGCUACUUGACAAUAAAGUAUGCAGUUUAAAGGUUUUAAAUUCUGUCAUUAUUUCCUCACCCUUAUGUCAAUCCAAACACGUAAGACCAUCGUUCAUUUUCAUUACACCAAUUAAGAUAUUUUUGACAAAAAACUUACCACCGUCAAGGCACAGAAAGGUAGUAAGGACAUCCUUAAGAUAGUCCAUGUUACAUCAGUGGUUCAGUGGUCCAUAAUUUUUGCGUGCAAAUAAAACAUAAUUACUUUAUUCAAUGAUUUCUUCUCUUCCGGGACAGUCCUCUGCCAUUUUUGACUCAUGCGUCUGGUGCUGUUGUCGGAGAAUUCACCUUGUUUUCAAGCAGAGGAAAGCAAUGCGCAUGUGUCGAUUCUGUCCUGGAAGAGAAGAAAUCAUUGAAUGAAGUCAUUAUUUUUGGUUUCUUUGCACACAAAAAGAUGAAUGAAGGUCUAACGGGUUUAGAUCGACAUGAUUAAUGACAGAAUUGUCAGUUUUUGGUGAACUAUCCAUUCAAGAGACAUUGUAAAUAAAUAGCUUUCUUGCAUUAAUUUAUUAUCUUCAAAGAAGUUGGAAAUUACAGUGGUCCUGGUUGUAUCAAGCAUGGUGAUGCAAGAUCAUCUUGAGAAUUCCAUAACUACAUUCUUGUGAUCAAUAGGAGAUUGCCUACUGGAGUCAUUUAAACCUAGCUUCUGCAAAAAUGUUUAGCAGUUAUCCAGUGUUUUUCAGUAAGACUGUGUCUACAUUUAUUAAUUGAAAAUUUUCCUCCGCUGUUUUGAUGAACAGACAACUUAAAAGCUUUUUGUUCUAUAAUGAAAAACUAAAGCACUAUGUCUCUCUUAUUUGUACUUGCACUUGAAGUUACAGUAUGUUUGACAGAAUUGGUUACAAUAAAAUGCGAC